AUGUUCAAACUCCUCUCACUCCUCAUUCUCGCGAUCCUUCUCUCCUUCACUGGCUUCGCUGCUGCCAUCGAGGGUGAUACCAUCUGCGAAACCACCUCCGGCUCCCCCCUGACCUCCGAGUUAAUGAUCGUCACUCAUCUUGGCCCCAGCGGUGCUAUUGCGUGCCACCAGAAAUCUAAUCCCUCCCACGGUAGUGGAUGUACCUUAUGCGGAGGUGUUUUCGGUGGCGGUCUCAGAGUCUCCAUCUGCGGAGUGAAGGGCUCCAAAUACAGCUUCGGGCAGGUAAAGCUGGCAGUGGCAAACCUAGCGGCCGAUUGCACCAGAAACUUUGGCACAGUCCAGAGAACUGGUGGGAGGUGGAGAGAAAAGAAGCGCGAGUUCAGCAUCCUCAUACACCUCUAA